AUGCCUCCUAACGCCAGAUCGCAUCAAUCCCAAGUAGCAGGUCGUACCGAGGGGCCUUUGACGUGCCACCAAGACCAAUCCAAUGGUAGCAAACUGAAUCUUUUGUACUCAACACCUUCCUGUUAUCUGUACCAUGUUAACAACGCUAAUGUCACCUGGACACAGAAAACAGAUGACUUCUUUCCCUAUGCUGAUCGUCCACACAGCUUUUGGACAGGAUACUUCACUAGCCGUCCAAGCCUCAAGAAAUAUGUCCGAGAUACAAGUUCCUUUUUCCAGACCUGUCGACACUUAGAUGUUUUUGGGGAACUUUACAACCAUAUUCAAAUUUUUCGUUUAUGGGAUGCACUUAGUAUUGCUCAACACCAUGAUGCUGUUUCUGGUACUGAGAAACAAGCAGUGGCCAAUGACUAUGCACUACAAUUAAGUGUUGGAACACAUGGUUGUCAGUCACUUUUGAAUGCUGCUUAUAAAAAAAUGAUGCCCAAAACUCAAACUGUGUUUCCUGACCAACAUUUUUGUCCUCUUCUCAAUAUCAGUUCUUGCUAUGCCACUGAAAAUAUGAAAGAGUUCACUUUAACCAUGUAUAAUCCUCUAGCACAGGACGUGGCUGACUAUAUUCGUCUGCCUGUUUAUUCUGAUUCAUAUAUUGUUUAUGGACCCAACUUAAAACCAAUUUCUAGCCAGGUUAUUUCUAUUGACACUGCCACCAAGAGAAUUCCAGAACGUGGAGAAUCAAUUGCAAAUUAUGAACUUAUCUUCCAGUUUCAAAUUUCUUCUCUUGGUUUUGCUACUUUCUUUAUACAAACAAACAAAAAUAAGAAUAAAGAAACAACUUCAAAAGUAACUCCCAUUCAACAAGGAGAAGAUUUUGAAUUGAAUAAUGGCCUGGUGUCCAUAAGUUUUGAUGCUGCCACAGCUCGCAUGAAGAAAUUUGGAAAUCUUCAAAGUAAUAUUUUUACUACCCUGAAGCAAAACUAUUUUUACUACAUUGGACAUGCAGGGAACAAUUCUAAUCCUGACAUGCAAGCCUCAAAUAAUUACAUCUUCCGUCCUGUCAAUGAUGUUCCAACUAGCAUCAGUGGUGGUACACAUGUGAAAACUCUCUUAAUAAAGGGAAACUGUGUGCAGGAAGUCCAUCAAGUUUUUAGCCCUUGGGUAACCCAGUCAGUACGUUUGUAUAAGGGACAAAACUAUGUAGAAGUGGAAUGGACAGUUGGCCCAAUUCCGAUUAAUGACAAACAAGGCAAGGAAAUUAUUGUUCGUUAUGAUUCUGACCAGAAUACCAAUAAAACAUUCUAUACUGAUGCCAAUGGCCGACAAAUAUUAGAACGAAGGUAA